UAUGAAAAAAGCCUAUCGUGCAUCAAGUCAGAGCAAUAAUGCCAAAAUAAUACCUUUAGAAAUAGAGAAAUCACCAAAUGAUAGGAGAAAAUAUCGAGCAAUCAAAUUAGAAAAUGGAAUUAAAUGCUUACUCUGUUGUGACGCUUAUAGCGGAGAUGGAGAACAGGCUCCAGAUCCUAAAAAGAUUACAAAUGAACAAGAUGACAAACUAGCAGCUGCCGCUCUUUGUGUUGGUAUUGGUUCCUUCUGUGAUCCUGUAGAAGUACCCGGUCUAGCUCAUUUUAUGGAGCAUAUGGUCUUUAUGGGCUCUGAAAAAUAUCCGGAAGAAAAUGCUUUUGACGUUUUUAUCAAACGGAAUGGAGGAAGUACAAAUGCUCAUACAGAAUACGAACACACGACAUUUUUUUUUGAUGUAAUGCCUAAUAAAUUUAGAGAAGCAUUAGACAGAUUUAGUCAGUUUUUUAUUUCUCCUUUAUUUCGCGAGCACAGCAUCGAUAGAGAAAUUGAAGCCAUAGAUAACGAAUUUCAAAUGGCUUUACCUACUGAACGAUGUCGAAAAGAGCAAUUAUUUUGUCUAAUGGCUAAUAAAGGCCAUCCAAUCAGCAAAUUUAUGUGGGGGAAUCAUAAAACUUUAAGGGAUAUCCCGGCAAAGAGGGAAAUUAACGUUCAUAAAGCUCUUAAAGAUUUUCAUUCAACUUUCUACUCUGCUGGUCAUAUGACGGUUUGCCUUCAAGCUAAAUAUUCUUUAGAUGUACUCCAAAAGUGGGCUAUAGAAUGCUUCUCAUUAAUACCUAAUAAUAAUAAACCGAAGCCUAGUUUUAAUCAUUUACCUCCUCCAUAUGACACGGAUGAAUUUAGGAAAUUAUACAAAUACGUACCAGCAAAAAAUGUUCAUAUGUUAGAAGUCACUUGGGCGUUACCUUGCAUGAUAGAACAUUACAAAACUAAACCGUUAUAUUACAUUAGCUGGCUAAUUGGACACGAGGGAGAAGGUUCUCUAUUAUCCUAUCUCAAAAAAAAAUUAUGGGCUACUGGUAUAUCGACUUGGGGGGGUUCUUACGGUGCCUGGGAGCACAAUUCAACAGGGGCAAUAUUCUACAUAACAAUCGCCUUGACAGAGGACGGUUUGACCCACAUGCAUGGUGUAAUGUUAGCUCUCUUUAGUUAUAUUGCAAUGCUAAAAAGUCAAGGACCGUGUUUAGAAGUAUUUAGGCAAAUAAAGACUAUUCAGCAAAAUGACUUUAAUCUACAAGAUGAUGGUGAUCCAUGCGAACAUGUUGAAAUGUUGUCGGAAGCUAUGCAGUAUUAUUCAUUAAAGGAUAUUAUUACAGGAGACCAGCUGAUGAGAACCUAUAAUCCGGAUAUUAUAUCUAGUUGCAUUAACAUGUUAACAGCCACAGACUGUAAUAUAUGUUUAGGAUCUAGAAGUUUUGCAAGCGCGUGCGAUUUAACGGAAGUUUGGUGCGGUACAAAGUAUUCAUGCAAUAAAAUAGGGCAAGACAUCAUAGAAAAAUGGCAAAACGUAAAACCGCAUAAAGAUUUUCAUUUCCCAGAUAAGAAUCCUUUCAUAGCUACUGAUUUCCGAAUAAGAGUUCCGGAUUCCCCUGAUACUGGAUUACCAGUAUUAAUUUCUCAAACAAACUUCAGUUGCUCUUAUUAUAAAAAGGAUAAUUUAUACUUAAUGCCAAGGGGUUAUAUAAUGGUUAUGAUAAGAUCUCCAGUUGUUGGGGAUUCUUCGAAAAACAUGGCGUUAUUGGAUUUGUGGAUGUUAAUUCUUAAUGAUGUGCUUAGCGAAAAAGCUUAUGGAGCUACUGCUGCUCAAUUAGCUUUCUCCAUAAACGCCACAUUUUCCGGAAUAGAAAUUAAAUUAAGAGGUUUUAAUCAUCAACUUCCUCUGCUUUUUCAAUUAAUCGUUGACACAAUUGACAAUAUGAAAGGUCACGUAGAAGAAAGCCUCUUCAUAGCGAAAAAAGAACAACUACUAAGAUCGUAUUAUAAUUUCUUCUUCAAGCCUGCAAAAUUAAAUAAUGACAUAAGAUUAUCUAUUUUACAAGAUCCGUUUAUUUCAUGCGUUUGGAGAAGACAAAUUCUCCCAAAUUUAACCUUAAAGGAUUUACAUAAUUUCCAAAAAAGCUAUUUCGAUCAAGUUUAUUUUGAGAUGUUGUUUGUUGGAAAUCUGAGAGCAGCAGAAGCUAAAGAAAUGGAAGCUUACAUAUGUAGAAAAUUAGGGAGAUCUAAACCUUUCAACCCAAAAGAUAGGAUUUAUCAAAGAGUCCGCGAACUGCCUAACAAUGAAACAUUCUGCCGUGUAUUGAAUUUUAAUAAAGAGGAUCAAAAUUGCGUAAUAACUAAUUAUUAUCAACACGGACCAGCAAAUCUAAAAGACUCGGUCACUAAUGAAUUAUUAGUAAAUUGUAUGGAGGAGCCGUGUUUCGAUAUUCUAAGAACAAGAGAACAGUUAGGAUAUCAAGUAUUUGUAACGGAUAGGGUUACUUCCGGUGCUUUAGGUUUUAGUGUCACUGUUAAUAGUAUGGCAACAAAAUUUGAUAUGAUAAAAUUAGACUCUCGAAUUGAGAUGUUUUUAAGGGAAGUCAUUAAAUUAUUGUCCAAAAUGUCAUCAAAAGAAUUUAAAAAUCAAGUAUCAUCUCUCGUUACCGUAAAAAGAAUUAAUGAAGAUAGCCAUAUGGGAGAGGAGGCUGAGAGGUAUUGGGCUGAAAUUGUUACUGGUGCUCUCAAAUUCGAUAGAUUAAAUAAGGAAUUAGAAACCAUGCAAAAAUUAAAUUUAAACGAUGUCAUUUCCUGGCUAACUGAUCACGUUUUACCUCAGGGCAGUCAUCGUAGAAAAUUGAGUAUUCAAGUUACUCAAAGAUCUCCAUUAAAUAACGAAACAAAGAUAUCUAAUAACUAUCAGAAUAGAAUUGUAAAUGGGGUGAAAAUUGUAACUGAUGCUCUAAAAAUGAGAAGGACAGACAUUCGAGAUGAUCACGACAGAAAUAGAUCAGAUUCGAAAGUAAAGAAUACAUCAACGGCUAAAAACAGCUUAGGAAGCGGUCCAAAGAAUGUUGAUAUUGGACCAAUAACUGAACAACUGUUAAGUUCGGAAGAUUCCGACGAUUAUAACAAAGACAAAGUAUACGAAUUAACUUUUCUACCAAUACGCGAAAUAAAUGAAAACAAAGUCAUCUUGAAUAUUCAUAAAUUUAAAGAGAAACUAAAUCUAUAUCCAGUAUUAAAGAUCUUAUAGGAAAGCCUUAUAAAGAGAGGUACGCUUGUUUAAAUUAAUUUAAAUAAACCUUAACAUUACAAACAAUUAAAGUGUUCUCUAAUAUAAAAGAACAAAGCAAGAAUAAGC